AUGGCCCCUGAAGCACCGAUCGAACUCCUUGAUGUCGCCAUUAUUGGCGCCGGUUGGUACGGCUUGAAGGCCGCGAGGACUUACUUAGACUUGGAGCCCAGCACCAACCUAGCAGUCUUUGAUGGAGAUGACUCGGUUGGUGGUGUGUGGAGCAAAAAGCGUAUCUACCCCAACCUUGUUGCCCAGGUGGGCUUUGGAUACUUCAACUACCCCGGAGUUCCCAUGUCCAGGGAUGGAGAACCGGACAAUCACCUUGUUAGUGGUGAUAUGAUUCAGCGCUACUUGGAAAAGUUCGCUGUAGAUCAUAACCUCAUGCGACGUAUCCGCUUCAACAGCUGGGUAGAAAAGGUCGAGCGUUGUCCUCGAGGCUGGAGACUGAAAGUAAAUGGCCACUAUAUCGAAUCUGCCAAGUUGAUUCUUGCAAGUGGCGUCACAUCGGUCCCCAAUAAAACACCAUUCAGGGUCGAACCGGGGGCGACCGUUGGUCAUUCUCGCGACAUUGCGAUAGAUCUACCUGCGCUCAAGGCGGCCAAGAGUGUCGUUGUUGUCGGCGCAGCCAAAUCAGCGUAUGAUGCAGCGUACUUGCUCUGCUCACUCGGAAAGCGAGUGACCUGGAUUAUCCGGCCUGACGGUUCUGGUCCCAUGCCUAUUAUGCCUCACGAAAUUGGAGGCUUGAAUACUAUUACUGUUGGAUGUACUCGUCUCAUGACAUACCUGAGCCCGUCGAUGUUCAACACAAACACCCUAUUAGGCACAUUCUUCCAUAGAACAUUCUUCGGCAGAUGGCUGACAAGAACUCACUGGAACUUCAUCACGGGCUUAAGUGAAAAGGCAGCUGGGUUUGGUGGCAAGGCUGGAUCCACUGAGUCCCUGAAGCCAGACAUUAAAGAUCAAAGUUGUUUCUGGUGCGAUUCGUCUCUCGGGUUGAUAACUAUGACGGACUUCUGGAGCACACUCCAAAAAGGAGACCUAAAAAUCAUUCGUGACAACGUCGACGUCGCUCGGAAGGGAUCCGUCCUUCUUCGUUCAGGGCAAGAAGUUAAGUGCGAUUAUGUCCUAAGUGCGACUGGCUGGGGUGAUCACUUCGGUUAUCUCUCUCCGGAACUCAAAGAGGAACUCGGUCUACCCAUGUAUGGCUCGCAAAGCUCUGGAAAUGACGAAAAAGGUGAUUUCUGGCAUAAAUAUGAUAAGGCGGCAGAGGAAGCUGUUGCCAAAUCAAUUCCAUUGCUAGCCGAAGGUCCCAAAGACAUGAAAUUCAAUCCAAAUCGCACACCAACAAAGCGUCGAUGGAGGCUCUAUAACCGAUGUAUUCCCCUUGAUGCGGCUAAGGCGGGUGACCGGUCUAUUGCCAUUCUCGGCCAGAUCCACACCGUUCAGACCCCAACAAUUGCAGGAGUCCAAUCGCUCUGGGCCAUUUCCUACAUGCUUGGAGAAAUUGAUCUGCCUGAUGAAAAGACUAUGAUCCAAGAGAUUUCUGAGUAUCUUGCAUGGACGAGGAUGAGAUACUGCAGUGUCGGUGAACGUUAUCCGUAUGCCCUAUUCGACUGGAUUGGCUACCUUGACAGGCUUCUCGGUGACAUGGGUGUCCAGUCUCGCCGAAAGGGAAAUUUUAUUUCCGAAUUCUUUUCUCCGUACGGACCCCAUAAUUAUGCCGACUGUCUGAAGGAAUAUGCAGCGAAACGUGUGAGAAGAGGAAGAGGGGCCAGCCAGAAGAUUGUUAGCUCAAAUUCCGAAUCAGAUGUCACAGAUUGA